AGCAACUGUAACGCUAAACUAGCUAACAUGGCUAAUAAAUAGAUUAUUACACAAAUAAGUGAUUAAUGUGAUAUGAACACAUUGCACAUUUUUGUGUAAUGGUUUUGUUUUGGGCUGUAGAAUGGCGGAGUUCACGACGUUAGAAAGCCUUUUGGAGAUGGGCUUCAGCAGAAACAGGGCGGAGAAGGCUGUAGCACACACUGGCAACCAGGGUAUCGAGAGAGCUAUGGACUGGCUGAUGGAACACGAGAACGAUCCAGACAUAGACGAGCCAUACGUGCCACCAAAAGAGAACGUUCUAGGCUCUUCGGAGGAACAGAUCCCGGCCGAGCCUGCCUCUGAACUCGAUGCUGAACUAAUGGAUGAACUGGGAGACGGCAAACGCCCAAUGACAGAAGAGGAAAAGAAAGAACAAAUUAGAAGGCUUGAGGAGUUGAUGCGGGUGAAGCAGGAGGAGAGGCGAGAGAGGGAGCGGCAGGAUGAGGUGGAGAGGGAGAAACAGAGGAGGAAACAGGGCCAGGAGCUGCAGCAGGUCCGACAGAAGCUGCAGGAUGACGAAAUGAAGCAACUGGCUGAACAACGCAGGAGAGAGAAAAUGGAGGACCGAAUGGCCAAGCAGAGAGUGAAAGAGAAGAUUGCACGUGACAGAGAAGAGCGGGCACGCAAGUAUGGAGGCGGCUCUUCAAGUAGCUCUUCCUUGACAUCUCCUUCUUCUGAGGCCACUCCUCAGUCACCUGCUGAGAACCAGGGCCCACCCCCAGCCAAGAAAGACUAUGAUGAAUGUCGGAUACAGGUUCGUCUAUUAGACGGCUCUGCGCUGAUGGCGGUCUUUAAGGCCCAGGAGCCUCUGGCUGCAGUGCGAGUGUACGUACAGAUGAACAGUUCCGAGGGCGAAGACUUUACCCUCCUGUCCCCGUACCCCCGGCGCGUCUACUCAGAACUAGACAUGGAGAAACCUCUACGUGAGCUUGGUUUGGUGCCUUCUGCUGUACUUGUGGUAACCAAGAAGUAAAGUCAAAUGAGUUUUAUCCACGUUCUUCCACUCCUUCUUAUAUGACCAACAGAAGACGCAAUGGCUUACAGUCAUGGACUGGAUUUAUACAGGUCAUUUAAACAAACACAAUGACUGUGGCUACUACACAACAAUAAAACAUUCACACCUACCACAACAAAAAAAUAAGUGAACAUACACACUCGAGUUCUCAUCUUUCUUUCAGUGAUUCUGCUAUGUAUUAUUUCUUGACGUUUGAAUUUUUUUUUGGCCUGUGGCCCCAAUGUAAAUAAAAACACACUCAACCUUUA